AUGAGUCCUUGGCUGCUGAUUCUGCUGCUGGAUCACCGGCCGCCGGUCCUCUUUUUGACUUGGGAAGCUGUGUACCUCGGCCUGCUAGCCGCGCCGCUCUCGCGAGCCGCCGCCCGCGUCGCCCGCAUCGCCAGCGUCGCCAUGGAGGCCAACUGGAGCGGGGCGUACAAGCAGACAAAGCGUGUGCUCGACGACAACGAUACCCCGCUGCUGCUCGGCCAUGUGUUGCGGCUCCCGAAUCCGUAUGUGACCACGUCGGACACGGCGGAUGUGCAGUCUGAGGCUCCCAACAAAAUCGUUGUACAGUUUGUCCAGCACCACCGCGACAAGACGAUCGUGCUGCAGGCACCGGAUAUUGACAGGAAUGUCCGAGUGGUCGUCGACAACGAUGCCUCGACCGAGAUACGCCCAGACACGCGGCUCACGCUCAGCAACUUUCUCCUGUACACGCACGACGACAGCAAGACGGAGCACGGCCUUGUGUCGUACAUCCAGACGCUCACACCGCUGUGGAAGGGUUUCACGACGUUUGGCGUCGCCGUUCUGAGCCAGUUCCGGAUCAGUUUCGGCCACUUUUGCACCGCGUUCGCCGACUUUGGCAUCGCGCAGGCCGGCCUAGACGGCGUCGUGCGGUACCUCGGCUGCGUGACCGAGGCCAAGCGCUACGCUCGUCUACCGGACGAGGCCAUCAUCUUGCUGCAGGCUGCGUGGCGCGACAAAUGGACCUUUGAGGUCCAUCUCGACCACACUGGCCUUGGCGUUUAUUUCGCGCGCAACGGAGUGGUCGUCACUGACCCGCGUCUCGCGUCGGCGCUCUACUUUCUCCUUGAAUUUGCAGCGUACGCGUGGGUGGCACGCACACGGUUCGGUGUCAUCACCAACUCGCUCGCGUGGGUCCCAGUCUGCCUGAGCGGCAACUGCGGGGGCAGAGUCAUCAUCAAAUAUGGCUUCCCGGGGGGCAACCUUGAAAACGGCCAAUUGCUGCUCCACCCAGACUCGGCCGAUGGGUUGUGGCCAAAGGACGCCGCCAUGCUGAACUGCCGUCCAACCAGAGCCACACCUGGCGCCCUCAACAUCAAUGUCCCGAAUGCCCCAGGCCCUGCACUGCUGCUGUCACCUGUCCACCACCCUGUUCACUCCUCGGGGCGCAUCCGCAAGCACUUACAGGCCUUUGGCGGGUUUGCCGCUGCCCCUGGCCCAGCCCCUCCACCUCUGCCAAUAGACACCCAGCCCCUGGGCUUUAUCAGUUUCAUCAAGGUCUGUGCGCUCGGUGUGCUGAGGGGGAUGCCUGAGCUCGACCUUGACUAUGUCAUUGGUGAGAUCAUUAUCGACCCAGACGAGGUGCUCGUUGGCUGGCGAUGUUCCACGCGAGUCGGCCGCGUCGUCGGGCGGUCCCACCGUCGCCGUGCUGACGGCGGCCGAGACGCGGGCGCGAGGCGCGGGAGCGGACCAAGUUGCGGCAUUGCGCCGUACGUCGCUCGCGCCAACGUCUGCAUGCCGCUGCUCAUUGGCGCCGCGCGGCGUCGCCCGACGCCGCGCGCUAAGCCCGCUGCGCAUCCACGCUACAGAAACCGCAUCGCUCGCCCCGCCGCUGCGCUACCUGCCCCACUGCCCUUGCCGCGCAUGCUCCUCGUCAUAAUUGCGCGACGCUGCUCGUCGAGACACUGGUGGGGGCUGUGCGUCAUGUGCGCGCGCAACAGCGCCAGCCAGUCCGCGCGGCGGCGUAUCCGAGGCGCCGUGCGUGUCUCGCGCCACGACGUUGUCGCCCGCGAGGCGCGCUCUGUGGCGUAG